AUGUGUGAAGUGGCGAUGAUGUCGACACCAGCAUCUUCAAACAUUGCAUCAGACGAAGUGAGUGAAGUGGAAGAUAUGGUGACAGAUGAUGGAGAGGAUAACAUAUCAGAUGAUUUUUAUGGAAAUUUCGUCGAUAAUAUCAUUCAGAUUGUCAUAAAGCGUUUGAGAGAACUAUUUGAAUUUGAGGAGGAAUCGGCGCCAAGUUAUAAUACAACUAUGGGUGUAUAA